AUGGAGUCACCCACCAAAAAGACUAAAGGAGAUGGGGGGAUUAGUAUCCGUAAUCCAGAUCAACAUCUCAUGGUACGGAUUGUUUCAAAGCCACAACCUGAUGACAGGGAACGCAUCGGCACAAGAGACUCUCUGCAGCCCAAUGCAGAGAGAUCAGACGAUGUCGAUAACCAUGAAGGGAAUAAGGCUCUGCGUGGUAUACAUAUUUCUAGGCGGUCGAGUGUAGAUUUUUCUACUUCUGGCGAUUACUCUGUGGAAAUAGUCAUUAAUGUUGAUUAUUCACUUUUAUCCUUCCAAAGCUCUCUCUUUCGCAAGUUACACGGUGAAAUGAAGAGAGAAUCACGAGAGAGACCUCUGACCAUUCAAAUUGAAGCAUCUGAGGAAAAUGCCUUCAUUGGGCUUCUGGAGUUCAUUCAUUCUUCUAGUAUGCCAUCACUAUGUUACGAAGAAAUCGUGGAUUUGCUGCUGGCUUCAGAUAAGUUCCAGGUUCUUUCAUGUGCUAAGAAAUGCAUACGCCAGCUGGUAUGGAAGCCUAACUGGGCAUUCUCUUGCUUCAAGCUUUGCGAUAAAGUGCACUGGGCCGAUAUAAGAGAGUUACUAGCGAAGAAAGCAAUGGAUUAUGUUACUGAAACUAAUCCUAAUAGAAUGAUGUCUCUGAAAGAAAAGGAAGAGCGUCAUAGAACGAGCAUUGAGAAUGAACUUCUUCAGCUACCGUUCUCUGCAAUCAAAGCUGUCUUCUGCAUGGACAAUCUCAAGGUUGAAUCAGAAGAUGUUUUGUAUGAUUUUUUGCUGUAUUGGGCUCGGAUCCACUACCCAAAACCAGAAGACCGUUGCAGUGCCAAGGAAUUGCAUCUCGAAUGCCUCAUCCGCUUCACCUACCUGACACACCAAAAGCUGGAAGAGGCCCUCCAAUGUGACUUCUUUUACCCUGAAUCCAUAUCCAAGGCUAUCACUGAGGCCCUACUUUUCAAAGUCAGGGAACCAUACUGCCGCCGGUGCCGAUCACCAUUCUGCUCGAGCAACCAAUUUCUUGAGCGGAAAUACAAGCGAACGCCCGUAAUGGUUACCAGGCUUCCAUUCCCAGAUGACUGUUGCAAAGUCUAUUUUAGCCUUACCAAGAAUGAGUUGUGGGAAAUGUUUUCCAAGAAAGCCAGAAGAGAGUCGCAGGACUUCCAGUUUGGCCACCAACUCUUCAGUCUAGCGGCUUCCUGGAAUGAGGACAGUGGGAAAACUUGUUUUGGGUUGAGUAUUAAUGCCAAGGCAAAACCCUCGGAUGAUGUUGUCUAUGCCACUAGGUUUCUAGCAAUGAGAGAAGUACACGACAGAGUGGGGUUUUUUGAGGUAGGCAGUGAUACUGUGCUUCAAACCAAUCAGGUUAGUGCUCGCAGUAAUGACCUGAUCCCAGAGUUCUGGUCAGAAUUUCGCAACGGCACUUGCUGUUACAUGAUUGGUGAAAUUCUUCAUCUAUGUGCCGAGAUCACUUGCAAACAGACAGACAGAUCUUCUGCCAGCUAA